AUAUGCAUGCUUUUUAAAUACUAAAGAAAAUGAAUUGAUAGGGGAAUAGAUAAAGUAUAUACAAAACGGCUGCAUUCAGUGGAAACUUGCCUGAUUGACCGAAUGCCGAGUCGGUAAUGACCACCAUGUAAAAAGCAUGCAUAUUCAUUAAACUUACAUGAAGUAGAAGCAUACACUUACAUGAACUAAAGAUUAAUAACCAUAUAAAUGCUUAUAUCUUUUGUUUUCUAAUGUUAAGGACAAGUUAUAUUUAAUUUGGUCACACACGUGAGACAACUAGGAUCGUUGGCAAAAUCCCUAUAUUUUCUUCUAAAACAUUGUUUAUACUAACCAUCAAAACCCUUAAGGAUGAUUUAAGGGUCAGAUGGUGGGUUUGUUUAGCUGAAGGGGCAGCUUAGACUUAACCCCAAACAAACUAAUUUUCUUGGUUUGAUGAAUUAAACAAAUUGUGUACAAGUCUACGUACAUGAACCUUAGCUAUUUGUAAAAGCAUACAUGAGAUGAUUAAGAAAUGUAAGUUUAGUUUAACGAGUUCAACAGAUUAUUGAACAAAUAGAAAUGCUACUUUAACUUGACAAUUGUCAUCAAAUACUCGAGAUCGUUCACGCAUGACGUUUAUAUGAAUCAUAAAAAAUGAAUAAAAUUUUGAAAAAAGAACCAAUGGCUGAGGAGGCAUAGGCUAUUCGCGGAGACACGGAGCCGUUUGCACUUUGCACCCAUCACCUUGGAAUCUCACUUUUACUUCUCUCUCCUAAUCACCAACUAGUCAACAACCACACACCAUUUCCUUUUGUAAAACUUAAUUCAAAUUCACUUUCUUCCUACUUAGUUUGUUCAUAUAGAUUUUCUUGUUUACACAAUUUAAUCAAUUGUCUAAGUAUAUUUGCCGAAUAUUUAUUUUGCUGCAGUAAUCAUUCGAUUUGCAAAUUAUUUAGUAGGGUUCAUCCAUUAUUUAUCAUCCAAUUAAAAUGUUUAUGAUAAAAUAAAAAAUCACAGAAUGGCCCAUUCCUUAACUCAAGUAUCAAUGCAUCUCUCUAUAUAUACAUUGGUCUGCUUCAUCUUCCAAAAACAUUGAAUACCUUGUCGGAAUCUCUAUUAUCUCUCUCUCUCCAAAUAUUUCUUUCUUGCAUCCAAAGCAAAUCUUCAUCAUCUUCUUCAAAUUCUCUUGAAUCUCCCAGAUAACAGCAAACCAGGAGAAAAUUAAAACAUUAAUUAAUAUUAUCUGAAACUAUGAGUUGCAAUGGUUGUCGUGUUCUCCGGAAAGGUUGCAGCGAGACUUGCAUUCUCCGUCCCUGUAUCCAGUGGAUCGAAUCAGCCGAAGCUCAAGGCCACGCCACCGUCUUUGUAGCCAAAUUCUUCGGCCGUGCUGGCCUCAUGUCGUUCAUCUCCUCCGUACCGGAAUCUCAGUGCCCUGCUUUGUUUCAGUCCUUGCUCUACGAAGCUUGCGGAAGAACUGUGAAUCCGGUGAACGGCGCCGUCGGGUUGCUGUGGACGGGGAACUGGAGUGUCUGUCAAGCGGCGGUUGAGACGGUGCUCCGCGGCGGUUCUUUGAGACCUAUCCCUGAGCUGCUUACACGUGACGGCGGAUUCCCGUCGCCGACUUCCGACGAAGCAUCCGAGAUUUGCAUGGAGAUGAUGAAUGAUUCCGGUGAUCGGAAUGUCUACUACCACCACUCCAGAUUCUCGAGCUCUAGGUCCAGAGCGACGGCUUCUCCGCCCAAACGGAGACGAUUAGCGUCAGAGCAACAACAAGAACGACCGUCGUCGGAGCUAGAUUUCUCUCUAAUCCCUACUUUUCCGGUUAAAACGACACCGUUUAAGGAGGAAACGCGUCGACCAGAAACACCGUACUCGGAGGAAUCCGUUACAACGGCGCCGUUUCUGGAUCACAUCGCCAGUGAGCGGUUUGUACGCGGCGGAGGAGAAACGACAAAGUUGCUCAACCUUUUCGCUUGAACGGCCUUGUUUUUUUUAAAUUUUGGGUUAAAAAUGUAAUUUUGAUAAACUUUUUUUGCCUCUUCGUGGAUUAAUAUUUUGGAAAGUUAAUACACUGGCAAAUUACGUGAUUGUUUUUUUCUUUUUGAACAACUCGUGAUUUUUUUUCUCUCA